AUGGUGUCGAGAUCUUGCAUAAGUUUAUUGGACUUGGCAUCAGGGAACAUGAUGAAUUUCGGUCAGACUCCUAGAUCCCUUCCAAGGAUAAUGACUGUUCCAGGAAUAAUUUCUGAUGUAGAUGGAGAUGGAACUAACGAUGGCAAUUCUGAUGCUCCGUCAACUGGAAGCUGCGCAAAAAGAUUAUAUUUUGAUGAGGACUCACUUCUGUUGCAAAUGAAGGAUGGCUUCUCAGAGAAUCCCGAGGUUGUUUAUGUGGGGUCUCUCAGGGUUGAUGUUGAUUCAAGUGAACAGGAAGAAGUUGCGCAAAAACUGCUGGAGGAAUUUAACUGCGUACCCACAUUUAUUCCUCCUGAUAUUUAUAAAAACUUUUACCAUGGUUUCUGUAAGCACCAUCUGUGGCCCCUUUUCCAUUACAUGUUACCUAUGAGUCCGGAUCAUGGCAAUCGCUUUGAUAGGUUGCUCUGGCAGGCCUAUGUCUCUGCUAAUAAGAUAUUUGCAGAUAGGGUCAUGGAAGUGAUUAAUCCAGAAGAAGAUUAUGUCUGGGUCCAUGAUUACCAUCUAAUGGUUCUCCCUACCUUUUUGAGGAAACGUUUCAAUCGAAUUAAGCUUGGCUUCUUCCUGCACAGCCCAUUCCCCUCAUCAGAAAUUUACCGGACUCUGCCAGUUAGAGAUGAAAUUCUGAAAGCGCUGCUGAAUGCAGAUUUGAUUGGUUUUCAUACAUUUGAUUAUGCUCGCCAUUUUCUAUCAUGUUGCAGCCGGAUGUUGGGCCUAGACUACGAAUCCAAACGUGGUCAUAUUGGUCUUGAGUAUUUUGGCCGCACAGUAUACAUAAAAAUUUUGCCUGUGGGGAUUCAUAUGGGCCGAGUUGAAUCUGCUCUAGAUCACCCCUCUUCUUCCAUCAAGGUCAAAGAAAUCCAAGAACAGUUUAAGGGGAAAAGGCUUGUUAUUGGAGUUGAUGAUAUGGACAUAUUUAAGGGAAUUAGUUUGAAGUUAUUAGCUAUGGAGCAUCUUUUGCAGCAGAAUUCAGAGUUGCGGGGAAAAUUAGUCCUGGUUCAAAUUGUAAAUCCUGCACGGAGCUCAGGGAAAGAUGUACAAGAAGCAAUAAUGGAGACAUCUACAAUUACCAAAAGGAUAAAUGAUGCUUUUGGUUUUCCAGGCUACAAACCAGUGGUCCUGAUUGACCGUCAUGUCCCCUUUUGUGAGAAAACUGCCUACUAUGCAUUGGCUGAAUGCUGCAUUGUGAAUGCUGUGAGGGAUGGAAUGAACCUGAUCCCAUACAAGUACAUUGUAUGCAGGCAGGGGACGCCAAAGAUGGACGAAGCUUUAGGAGUUGCCUCUGGGUCACGUCAUACAAGUGCACUAGUUGUAUCGGAGUUUACAGGUUGCUCUCCAUCAUUAAGUGGAGCAAUAAGAGUAAACCCAUGGGAUAUUGAAGCUGUAGCCAAUGCCUUGAAUGUGGCCAUCAAAAUGCCUGAUUUAGAGAAGCAGUUGCGGCAUGAAAAGCACUAUCGCUAUGUUAGCUCUCAUGAUGUAGCUUAUUGGGCCUGCAGUUUUAUGCAGGAUUUGAGGCGAGCGUGCAUAGAUCAUUACAGCAAACGUUGCUGGGGCAUUGGCUUUGGUCUGAAUUUCAGAAUUUUGUCACUCUCUCCUAGCUUUAGGAAGCUUUCUAAUGACUUUAUUGUCUCUGCAUACAAGAGAACAUCUAAAAGGGCUAUAUUCUUGGACUAUGAUGGAACAGUGGUGCCCCAUACUUCCAUUGCUAAAAGGCCCACUCCUGAAGUCAUCUCUGUUCUAAACAAUCUUUGUGCUGAUCUGAUGAACAGUGUGUUUAUAGUUAGUGGCAGAGGAAAAAAGUCUCUGAGUGAUUGGUUUGUCCAAUGUGAAAAUCUGGGUAUAGCAGCUGAGCAUGGAUAUUUCUUGAGGUGGAGUGGGGUGUCUGAUUGGGAAACGAGUUCCUUGGCUGCAGAUUUUGAUUGGAAAAAAAUUGCCGAACCUGUCAUGAAAUUGUAUACAGAGGCAACUGAUGGUUCCUAUAUAGAGGCUAAGGAGAGUGCCUUGGUAUGGCACCACCAAGAUGCUGAUCCAGAUUUUGGAUCUUGCCAGGCCAAGGAACUGUUAGAUCAUCUGGAAAGUGUCCUUGCAAAUGAUCCAGUAGUUGUUAAGAGGGGUCAGAAUAUUGUUGAAGUAAAACCACAGGGAGUAACUAAAGGGUUUGUUGUAGAGAAGGUUCUUUCCAAAAUGAUCGCUAAUGGGAAACCCCCAGGCUUUGUGUUGUGCAUUGGGGAUGACAGAUCUGAUGAAGACAUGUUUGAAAGCAUAUUGAACACAGUAUCAUAUGGUUCGUCACUUCCUUCAGCUCCAAACAUUUUUGCAUGCACUGUGGGCCAAAAGCCUAGCAAAGCUAGAUACUAUCUAGAUGAUACCAUUGAUGUAUUAGCUUUGCUUCAAUGCUUGACUGAUGCUUCAAAUUCAAAGUUGAGUAGCACAGAAACGCAAGUUUCUUUCGAUAAUACUGUCUGA